AUGUUGCCAUCGAACCUGGCCAUCUUUACUGACCUUCCGCACGAGCUGCUCACCCAGAUCAUAAAUCCACUCGACACGGAGUCGAUCUACGCCCUUGCGAAGACGUGCAAGACCCUCCAUUUCUUCGCUCUGCCUCUCUUUCUGUCACGAAAUAGCAUUGACAUCAGGACGCAAUUUCCUGAAUACGUUUCGAUGUCGUGCCCUUCCAAGGAGGGUUUAAUUGCCCUCGGGACAUCUCUGCUGGCCACAAAUUUGCGAAAUAUUCAGUAUCGUUGCAUCACCAACGACGCGGACAGGCUUUUCUACGAUAUCCGCGCGUUGCGGAGGUUGCUUGCGCGCUUUCCCUCGCUGCACACCUUUACUUGGGCACACUACCCAUCGUCUACUCCUAACGAUGCUAAACUUGAUAUGCAGAAGUGGAGCACGGAGUUUUCCGCUCUCGUGGACGCAGCACUCCAGAAGUCAUGCAAGGACCUCUGUAUAGAUGGAAGUGACACCCUCUUUUCGCUUUCUUCGGAAGAGCCGAAUUUGCGGGAGCUGUCUCCUCCGAAAUCCUGGAAGAUUUCAUCAAACACGGCACGUUGGAAGAUGUUGUCAAUUUUUUCGAAAACCAAGAAUCAACCUUUACCCCCCUGUCCUCCACCUGCCCCCCAAUGUGCCUCAUUUUACAUUAUGUCUUCGAUGCUCCUCCACCCCCAGUUGCUUCGUUGGUUCCAAUCUACUCUCCAAGCCAAUGCUGGGGCCAUGACGCAACUGGCAUUCAACAAAGUCGUCGUCAGCUCCGCCACCUGGCAUCAACUCCUUCCCACCCUCACCUUACCAGCGCUGUAUAGCUUCGAAUGGAAUUCUGGUGAUCACUUAGCUGACGGAAAGGGCGUGGCCCUCGAAGAUAUAGAAACGUUCCUCCGAUGCAACCCCUCAAUUGCUUCGCUGACUCUCUCUGGAGUUUUUAUUCCUGAUAAAACGCCUCAACUUCGAAAACCUAUUCUUCCUCAGCUGCAGAUCUUAAAUGCACAUCCGAAAUUCAUAGCGUGGAUCCUUUGCCCCAAAGUCCCGUUUCAACCGCCCGCAGCUGUGACACUGUUAGCAGAGUCUGGCGACUUUGAUUACGACCAAUUCGACGAAGCGCUCUCAGCCAUUGCACUCAGCCACUCUUACACGAAUACCCCGCGCCUCGGCCUCAACUUCUCUUCCAAGACAGGGGUGCACGAGUGGAUACAAAAACACAUUUCGAAUUCCACGACUGUCGCUGUUCAAGGCUCUGUCAGCAGAUUCAUAACAAAUUUCACGAUGGUUGAGGAUCUCACUCUUCACACAAAGUUUUGGAUGACGUUGAAUGAUGGGAAAGAUCCCAUUGUGCAGCUACUCCCUCAAUUUUUGGCUCUUUUCUCAAGCUUAGAGAAAGUUAAUUUUGGGGAGCAACCAUUCUCGGCGCAACAGAUUGACUUGAAGGGGUGUAAAGAUUUGUUGAAGAAGAUCAUGUCACUCUGUCCGAGGUUAAAAGCGGUGUCAGUCAAUUACGGCUCCAUUGAUCUAACAUAUCUCGAUGUUUAG